AUGGUGGAGACCGGGGAUGCAAUCUUCUUACUGGAGGAAGUCGCGCUCGUCGCCGUCUUCCUCCUAUCCUGCCUCUGCAGCGUGUGCUCAGGCAGAGAGGGGCGCGCGAGCGGCGGCCACGGGCAUCCGCCGCCGCGGAACGAGGAGCGGCUGAGGGCUCCGGUGGUGCUGGCGCACUUCCCGUACGCGGCGCGGGCCCGGGCGGCGGCGGCGACCUCGGAGCCGCCGCCGGUGUGCGCCAUCUGCCUGGACGAGCUCCGGCCGGGGCAGCUGUGCAGCGAGGUGCCGGCGUGCCGCCACAUCUUCCACGAGGAGUGUAUCCGCGCGUGGGCGAGGAAGAAGAACACCCGCCCGCUGUGCCGGGCCAGGGUCGUACUGCCACGAGCGGCGUACGGGAUAGCUGCCGCCGAUGACAUGGUGUAG